AUGUCUCGCCGUGUGUAUCGUUACCGAGGAGCCCGGUUACACCCCGACGGUGCUCGUUACUGCCCUUUAAAGUGCCUGUCCGAGGCGUUGGCUGUACGCGCUGUGUGGCGGCCCGUGCAGCCAGCAGGGACCGUCGGCACCUCCGCUAAAUUAACGCAGCCUUUUAAUGCCUCAGAACGUAAAUCAAGCUCCUAUGCUGUUGUAGACUGUGAUCAAGCACGUAAGGAAGUUAGUGUUCGCACUGGAGGAGUCACAGAUAAGACAUCGAGAAAGACCUACACGUUUGAUAUGGUUUUUGGAGCUCAAGCAAAGCAGAUUGAUGUAUACCGGAGUGUUAUGUGUCCCAUUUUGGAUGAAGUUGUUAUGGGCUACAACUGUACAGUGUUUGCUUAUGGCCAAACUGGUACUGGUAAGACCUUCACAAUGGAAGGGGAGCGGUCACCCAGUGAGGAAUAUACUUGGGAAGAGGAUCCAUUAGCAGGUAUAAUACCCCGUACAUUGCAUCAAAUAUUUGAAAAACUCACAGAGAAUGGUACCGAAUUUUCAGUGAAAGUCUCUCUUCUGGAAAUCUAUAAUGAGGAGCUUUUUGAUCUUCUGAAUCCUAGUGCUGAUGUUGGAGAAAGACUGCAGAUGUUUGAUGACCCUCGAAACAAGAGGGGUGUGAUUAUUAAAGGCUUGGAAGAAAUAACUGUACACAACAAAAAUGAAGUCUACCAAAUCCUGGAAAGGGGUGCAGCAAAAAGAACGACUGCAGCUACUUACAUGAAUGCAUAUUCCAGCCGUUCCCACUCUGUGUUUUCGAUUACCAUCCAUAUGAAAGAAACAACAGUAGAUGGAGAAGAACUUGUCAAAAUUGGGAAGCUAAACUUGGUUGAUCUUGCAGGAAGUGAAAACAUUGGUCGAUCUGGGGCAGUUGACAAAAGGGCUCGUGAAGCUGGAAAUAUCAACCAGUCUCUCCUGACACUAGGACGAGUUAUUACUGCCCUAGUAGAAAGGGCUCCGCAUAUUCCAUACAGGGAAUCUAAACUGACAAGAAUCCUUCAAGACUCUCUUGGAGGACGAACAAAAACAUCAAUAAUUGCCACGGUUUCUCCUGCAUCUGUAAAUCUUGAGGAAACAUUGAGUACACUGGAAUAUGCCCACAGAGCAAAGAACAUAAUGAACAAGCCUGAAGUUAAUCAGAAGCUAACAAAAAAAGCUCUUAUUAAGGAAUAUACAGAAGAGAUUGAGCGUCUGAAACGAGACCUUGCUGCUGCACGAGAAAAAAAUGGAGUGUAUAUUUCCCUUGAAAAUUAUGAAGCCCUUAAUGGAAAGCUGACGGUUCAGGAAGAGCAAAUUGCAGAGUAUAUUGACAAAAUCAGUGUCAUGGAGGAAGAAAUGAAACGAGUCGCUGAACUAUUCACAGUCAGUAAAAAUGAACUUGAACAGUGUAAAACAGAUCUGAAAAUUAAGGAAAAAGAACUGGAAGAAACACAAAAAGAUCUGCAAGAAACCAAGGUUCAUCUGGCUGAAGAAGAAUAUGUGGUUUCAGUUUUGGAAAACACUGAACAAAAACUUCAUGGCACAGCUAGCAAGUUACUUAACACCGUUGAAGAAACUACAAAAGAUGUAUCCGGUCUCCAUGCAAAACUGGACCGUAAGAAGGCUGUUGAUCAACACAAUGCUAUUGCCCAAAAUACAUUUGCGGGACAAAUGAAUGUUUUGUUCAGCAAAAUACAAGAUUCACUUAGUGAAAACAAUUUGAAGCAGCAACAGAUGUUGGCAUCUUACACAGAUUUUAUAGGUGACCUCCUCUCUACCAGUUCAGCAGCAACUAAUGUUCUUGCAUCGGUUGUAUCAACAUCUUUUGCCUCUGUUAAAGAACUGGUGUCUACUGAAGUUUCUCACAUGUCUGAAAAAAUAACACAACAUGAGAAUCUGUCACUCGAUUGUAAAGCAGAACUGCUGAGAUUAAUUGAGGAACAUACAUCUGGAUUAGGAAGAGUGUUAAACAUCUUGACACCAAUGGUGGAAUUUGUCUUGGGGCUAAACUGUCAGUUUCAGAGUAACAUGAAGAAAUAUUCUGCUCUGGCUGACAAGAUGGAGUGUCAUAAGAAGGAAAUGGAUACCUUCUUUGGAGAGCUUUCUCUCACUCUGAAAAAAUUACGUGAAGAAACAGCCAGUGCAUUUGCUCAGCUUCAGAAUGAAUGUGAGAAUUUCAGAGAAGAAGUGGAAAGGACGAGGUUGGCACAUGCAAAGAGUGCAGCUGAAUUAAUGUUCUCACUGCAAAGCCAGCUUGACCUGUUUGCUCAGGAGACUCAGAAAAACUUUACUUAUGUACUUGCAAAAAAUGGGACCUUGAAGACCACCAUCACUGCUGCGCAAGAAAAUGUUCACCUGAAAACUACAGACCUAGUCAGCAAUACAGCUUCCAGCCAAAGCAAUUUUAUUGCGUCUCUGGAUGAUUUCUCUCAAGAUCUCAGAACUAUAAAUGCUGAAAACAAGGUGAUGUUGGAAGAAUCCACUGACCGCUGUCAUCAACUUCUCAGCAAUCUCAAAAAUGUGUCUCAGGAUACUGAUAAAUGGGGUGAAUUUGCAACUGCUCAGAUGGUCAACUUUACCAAUCAGCACCUGCUUUCCUUCAAUGAUGAGAAACAACAACUUCAGUCUUUACAAAAGAAAAAUGAAGAAGACUGUGAGAAAUCAGUAGCUGAAAUUGCUGACCGUAUUGGUAGGCAAAAGGCUGCUGAGGAGAAGGUACUAAAUGGCCUUUGUGAUCAGAUAAAGGUUGAUCAGGAGAUACUUCUGGAGCAGAAGCUGGCACUUAAUGAGGAAGCUCAGCAUGGACUGUCUCAGGUUCAUGGUUUCCUGCAAGAGGAUCUCAAAGUGGAUAUUCCAACAGGGACAACUCCACAGAGAAGAGACUACUUUUAUCCAGUCACAAUUGUGAGAACAGAACCCAGGGAAAUUCUGCUGGAGCAAUUAAGGCAAAAACAACUCACCCUUGAUGCUGUGCUAAACACUCUGUCAAAGGAGGUGCAGGAUAACGCAGAUCAGGACCUGUUGGAAGAGGAUGAAGGCUUGCAAGAAUCCAGUGAAAGCCUUUUUAGUGACAAAUCCUUAGUGGAUACAAAUGUGUGCUGCCAUGCAAAUGGUGGUGUUCCCUUUUUCCAGCACAAAAGAAGUCGCAGAAAGGAUAAAGAGAACAAAUCUGCAGCUACAGUCGAGAAGAGCAAAAUAGAGGAUAUGACGGAACAGUUUCUUCCUAAACCUAAGCCUCCUUUAAGAUCACUGAACUAA